UCCCGCUCAUUCGUCCCUUGUCUCCCAAUAAAAGAGGCAAAACCCCAAAACCACUGAACUUUGAACUCGAAAAACCCCACCUCCUCCGUCUCCAGUUUUCCCUCCACAUUCUCUUCUUCCAUCAAGAUCAAGAAAGAAGAAGAAGAAGAAGAAGAUGAAAGAAGAGCAAAUAGAGAAGCUGCGCGGAGUGGUGCGUGACUGCGUCAGCAAGCACUUGUACUCCUCCGCAAUAUUCUUCGCCGAUAAGGUUGCUGCUUUCACCAACGAUCCCGCCGACAUUUACAUGCAGGCUCAGGCCCUCUUUCUUGGACGCCACUAUCGCCGUGCCUUUCACCUCCUCAAUGCCUCAAAGAUCGUCCUCCGUGAUCUCCGAUUCCGCUACCUCGCCGCCAAAUGCCUCGAGGAACUGAAGGAGUGGGAUCAAUGUCUGUCAAUGCUUGGUGAUGCUAAGGUUGAUGAACAUGGGAAUGUGUAUGACACUAAAGAUUGCAAUGUCAUGUACUUAGAUAAAGAUGGAGAAGAUCGUGAGAUCAAUAUUUCUUCAGCAAUCUGCUUUCUAAGGGGCAGGGCUUAUGAAGCUCUGGAAAAUCGUGCUCAAGCUCGACAGUGGUACAAAGCUGCUAUCAAAGCUGAUCCUUUAUGUUAUGAGGCAUUGGAGUGCCUCAUUGAAAAUCACAUGCUUACUUGUGAAGAAGAAACAAGUCUACUUUCAUCAUUGCAAUUUGGUCCUGAUGAUGGGUGGCUCUCUUCCUUCUAUUCAUGCUUGAUAAAAAAGUAUGACAAAGAAAGCAUUAUAGAAGCCAAAUUCAGAGAGCUUGAAACAGAAAGCUGCAAUGGUAACUCUAUGAGCACAUCUUUCAUGCAUACACUAAAAAAUGAUACUGAUCUUCUCGCCUGCAAAGCUGAAUACUACCAUCAAUGUGGUGAAUAUCAAAAAUGCUUUGAACAAACUUCCAUACUACUUGAGAAGGACCCUUUCCAUUUGAAAUGUACAUUGGUGCAUUUAGCUGCUGCUAUGGAGCUUGGAAAUUCAAACGAACUCUAUCUUAUGGCAUGUAAUUUGGUGAAGGAUUAUCCCCAGAAGGCUCUUUCAUGGUUUGCUGUUGGUUGCUAUUACUAUUGUAUCAAGAAGUAUGACCAAUCACGACGCUAUUUCAGCAAGGCUACGAGUCUCGAUGGAACCUUUGCAUCUGCUUGGAUAGGCUAUGGCAAUGCUUAUGCUGCUCAAGAAGAGGGUGAUCAAGCAAUGUCAGCAUAUCGCACUGCUGCUCGUUUAUUUCCAGGGUGCCAUUUACCUACGUUGUACAUUGGGAUGGAGUACAUGCGAACGCACAGUUAUAAGCUUGCUGAGCAGUUUUUUAUGCAGGCGAAGACAAUAUGCCCUUCAGAUCCACUUGUGUAUAAUGAAUUGGGGGUUGUUGCUUAUAACAUGAAAGAGUACAAUAAGGCUGUACUGUGGUUUGAGAAGACUUUGGCACACAUUCCAUCUUUAAGCCCAUUAUGGGAGCCAACUGUGGUUAAUCUCGCCCAUGCAUACAGGAAGUUAAAGAUGUAUCAUGAAGCAAUUUCAUGCUAUGAGAGAGCAUUGACAUUAUCAACUAGAAGUUUAAGUACCUACGCAGGUCUUGCAUACACUUAUCAUUUGCAGGAUAAUUUUACUGCUGCAAUUACGUACUAUCACAAGGCUUUAUGGCUGAAACCGGACGAUCAGUUUUGCACAGAAAUGUUGAGUUUGGCAAUUGUUGAUGAAGGUCGCAGUGGCAUAGACCCAAAGAUGGAAUUUCGCUGAAAGUGAGUUUUUAUAUUUAAUGAAGCUGUGAUAUUCUUUGAAUAGGUGUUGUAAUGUAUGUGCAUUAUGUGCUAUGAUUUAUGGGACAACAUUGUUUAUUUUGAUACUCGUUCCUUGUAUUGGAAUAGGAUGAAUUAGGCAUAUUUAUCGUCUGUAUCAUUUUUGGUUUCUGUAGCGAAUUGUGCAAGCUGAAUAUUUUUCAAUGAAGUGAGCAAACAUCGAAUGGCAUUUCUUCA